ACUGAAUCUGAUUUUGCAUUGACGGUUUGUCAUUGAACGAUUUGUUAUUGAACUGAAUCUGAUUUUGCAUUGACGGUUUGUCAUUGAAUGCUUUGCAAUUGAACUGAAUUUGAUUCUGCAUUAACGGUUUAUCAUUGAGCAUUUGAACUGAAUUUGAUUCUGCAUUAACGGUUUAUCAUUGAGCAUUUUGUUAUGUUAAACUGUUUAUCAGGCAUGCUAAAAGUUUUACCCAAGGGCUAUCCAUAUUUACUUGAUGAGUUAUCUCAUAGUUUUUCCUUAUCCACCAUUUCAGAAAGCGAAGUCAAGGACGGGGAAAAACGAGGGGAGUGACAAGAUAGAAGGCUAGCCAUCUUGUAAAUUGAAUAUGGAUUUUAGAUAUAAUGAUGAUAUUGUAAGCAAGAUUGUAAUUGGAGAUUUUAUAAUUCAUUUAGUGGAUUGUUAAUUUACAAGAGAUUUGACCUUGAGAUUUUGAGCUUAAGUUAUGUUGGACAUAAAAUUAAUUUUGAAAU